AUGGGUCUUGCAGCGCCGAAGAAUCGAUCGAAGAUCUCCAACGAUCCCCAAAACACUACUUGGGCGAACAACACGUCGCGCUUCGGCCAUCGCAUAUUGACCUCGCAAGGAUGGCAGCCCGGCAACUCACUGGGCGCGACAGACGCCUCCCACGCCGCUCACUAUACCGCUGCCUCGCAAUCGCACAUCCGAGUAUUCCUCAAAGACGACAACCUUGGCUUGGGCGCAAAGCGAGGAAGUGAGCGCGCCGAGAACUUUGGUCUUGCAGGACUAGAGAGCAUUCUUGGACGUCUGAAUGGCAAUGAGGCGGAGGUCAAGAAGGAAGAGGAAAGGCGAGAGGAAAUUGAGAAGAGGGCUUUUGUCUACCGGAAAUACGGCAUGAUGAACUUUGUGAGCGGUGGUUUCCUGGUGGGCGACAAGAUUACCAAGGGCUCGGAUAUCAAGAAGGAAGUGGAGAUCAAGACUGAGAUCAAGACUGAGUCGGAGAGCGAGGACGGCGCAUCGGCGAAGAAAGAUAAAAAGAGGAAGCGAGAGGAGCGCACCGAAGACGAGCCCAAGGUGAAGCGCAAGAAGAAGAGCAUGGAUCUGCGCGACGAAGCACGCAAGGAGGGCGACUCAUCCAAGUCAAAGAAAGACAAGAAGGACAAAAAAGAUAAAAAGGAAAAGAAGAAAGACAAGUCGAAGAAAUCAAAACGGGCAUCUUCGUCUGAUGCCGAAUCUUCCACCGACGACGCCGCCGCUCCGGCAUCUGACCCAGAACCGCUCACAGACAAGGCACGGCGGAAGGCCGAGAAGAAGGCACGCAAAGAGGAGAAGAAGGCGAAGAAGGCCCUGAAGAAAGCUGCAAAGAAGGCUGCGAAAAAGGACAGCUCAGACGACUCGAGCUCAGAAAGCGAGGAAGACGAGAGCGCGCCGACAACGAUCUCAUCGGUACCUGUGUCGAAGACAUCUACGCCUGUUCCCGCGGGCCUAUCAUACACUCCAAGAGGCAUGCAUGCCGUCAGACAGAAGUGGAUCCGGCAGAAGAAGGCUGCGACUAUGGAUGCACAAGCGAUGAAAGAGAUAUUUAUGAUCAAGACGCCAUCGUAG